AACAGCUCAGUGACUUUCAACGUGACACCAUCAUAGAAUGCCACCUUUCCAACAAGUCAGUCAAAUUUCUGCCCUGCUAGAGCUGCCCCGGUCAACUGUAAGUGCUGUUAUUGUGAAGUGGUAGGCCACACAAACUCACAGAACGGGACCGCGUAGCACGUAAAAGUCUGUGCUCGGUUGCACCGCUCAGUCCGAGUUCCAAACUGGCUCUGGAAGCAACAUCAGUACAAUAACUGUUCAUCGGGAGCUUCAUGAAAUGGUUUUCUAUGGUGGAGCAGCCGCACACAAGCAUAAGAUCACCAUGCACAAUGCCCUGUGUCAGCUGAAGUGGUGUAAAGCUCGCUGCCAUUGGACUCUAGAGAAGUGUAAACAAUGAACCACACUUCACCAUCUGGCAGUCUGACUGACACAUCUGGGUUUGUCGGAUGCCAGAACAACGCUACCUGCCCGAAUGCAUAGUGCUAACUGUAAAGGUUGGUGGAGGAGCAAUAAUGGUCUGGGGCUGUUUUUCAUGGUUUGGGCUAGGCUCCCUAGUUCCAGUGAAGGGAAUUCUUAAUUCUUACUAUACUGCCUCCUGGGGAGCACCCAUAUCCUGGGAACAGGCUGACCCUGUCACUUCUUUGCGUAAGGUGGGCCAGGACUCCACGGUGCUUCUCAUCUGCAUCACAGUGUUCCUGUCUUACCUGCCUGAGGCAGGACAGUACUCCAGCUUCUUCUUCUAUCUUAGACAAGUGAUAAGGUUCAGGUCAGAGACAGUUGCAGCCUUCAUCGCUGUGGUGGGCAUCCUCUCCAUCGUGGCUCAGACGGUGGUUCUCGGGAUCCUGAUGCGCUCCAUAGCGAAUAAGAACACCAUCCUACUGGGCCUGGGCUUCCAGAUAUUACAGCUGGCCUGGUACGGUUUCGGAUCACAACCAUGGAUGAUGUGGGCAGCAGUAGCGGUAGCGGCCAUGUCUAGCAUCACCUUCCCAGCUAUUAGUGCCAUCCUGUCUCGCAACGCAGACUCAGACCAGCAGGAUGUGGUCCAGGGGAUGAUAACAGGUAUCCGUGGUCUGUGUAACGGUCUGGGCCCAGCAUUCUAUGGUUUCAUCUUCUAUCUGUUCCACAUGGAGCUGACUGAUCUGGACGCAGUAGACAGCCCUGGGAAAGAACCCAAGCCCAAAAUGGCCAACCCCACAGAUGAGAUCCAGAUGACAACCUGCACAUGCCCCGAGGGUUGAAGGUCUGCCAACUUCCUUUUGAUCACAAGUUUUAUUUGGAGAAAUAUCCAAUAAACCAAAGACAUUGCUUUAACUGUGAAUGUACUUUAUUGCAUAUUAUAUUAUUACAUUUUCCUCAAAUAAAAUGGAACAUAUAUAACGUGUUUAUUUUAUUUAUUUACAUUGGGCCUGUGAGAGUCAUGUUUUGUAACUCAGACAAAAGCACACAAUUUCCCCACAAACUAUCCACAUAUGAAAUGGAGCGUACAUAAAAUAAACAACUAAUUACAAUGUAUUUACAGUGCAUUCGGAAAGUUAUACCUUUAUUCUAAAUUUGAUUAAAUUAAAACAUUCUAAAAUUGAUUCAAUUAAAACAUUUCCUCAUCAAUCUACACACUACCCCAUAAUGACAACGUGAAAACAGGUUUUUAGAAAUGUUUGUGAAUUUAUUCCCCAAAAAAAUACAGGUAUCUUAUUUAAAUAAGUAUUCAGAGCAUUUGCUAUGAGACUAAAAAUUGAGCUCCGGUGCACCAUGUUUCCAUUCAUCAUCCCUGAGAUUUUUCUACAACUUGAUUGGAGUCCACCUGUGGUAAAUUCAAUUGAUUGGACACAAUUUGGAAAGGCACACAUCUGUCUAUAUAAGCUCCCACAGAUGACAGUGCAUGUCAGAGCAAAAACCAAGCCAGGAGGUCGAAGGAAUUGUCCGUAGAGUGCUGAGACAGGAUUGUGUCGAGGCACAGAUAUUGGGAAGGGUACCAACACAUGUGUGUGGCAUUGAAGGGCCUCAAGAACACAGUGGCCUCCAUCAUUCUUAAAUGGAACCACCAAGACUCUUCCUAGAGCUUGCCGCCGGCCAAAUUGAGCAAUCGGUUGAGAAGGGCUUUGGUCAGGGAGGUGACCAAGAAACCGAUGGUCCCGCUGACAGAGCUCCAGAGUAACUCUGUGGAGAUGGGAGAACCUUCCAGAAGGACAACCAUCUCUGCCACUCUCCACCAAUCAGGCCUUUAUCAUAGAGUGGGUAGACGGAAGCCACUCCUCAGUAAAAGGCACAUGACAGACCGCUUGGGGUUUGCCAAAAGGCACCUAAAGGACUCAGACCAUGACUCAGACCAUGAGGCACCUAAAGGACUCAGACCAUGAGAAACCAAGAUUGAACUCUUUGGCCUGAAUGUCAAGCAUCACGUCUGGAGGAAACCUGGCACCAUCUGUUCUGCUCCUGAGGCAGUUAACCCUCUGUUCCCUGGACGACUAAGAUGUGGAUGGCAGCCCCCCGCACCUCUCUGAUUCAGAGGUUAAAUGCGGAAGACACAUUUCAGUUGAAUGCAUUCAGCUGUACUCCUGACUAAGUAUGCCCCUUUCCCUACGGUGAAGCAUGGUGGUGGUAGCAUCAUGCUGUGGAGAUGUUUUUCAGAGGCAGGAUCUGAGACUAGUCAGGAUUGAGGGAAAGAUGAACGGAGCAAAGUACAGAGAGAUCCUUGAUGAAAACCUGCUCCAGAGCUCUCAGGACCUCAGACUGGGGCGAAGGUUCACCUUCCAACAGGACAACGACCCUAGGCACACAGCCAAGACAAUGGAUGUCCUUGAAUGGCCCAGCCAGAGCCUGGACUUGAACCCGAUAGAACAUCUCUGGAGAGACCUGAAAAUAGGUGUGCAACGAUGCUCCCCAUCUAACCUGACAGAGCUUGAGAGGAUC